AGAAGGGGCUGGCCGGAAGGCCAGUUCAUGUUAGGAAGUUCCAGACACGUGAGCUAACCCGAGCCAGGGAUUCUGAGCAGCCGGUGCCUUUAGGAGAAACUGAAACUCGCCUCGUUGGGGGCGGAGUGGUCACUGUGGAUUUAAAGAGCCGCCACUUCCUUGGGCCCCCAGAGGGCACUGGGAGGUCACAGCGACUGAGGGACGCCCCAAUCCAACGCGAGCUCCUGCUCCCCUGCUCUAAGCCAUGCACCUCUGCGGGAGCGACGGGCUGCUGCCCGGGACAGACCCCUUGGAGCAUCAGAAGCAGCUGAAGAAGAAACAGAAGAACCGGGCGGCGGCCCAGCGCAGCCGGCAGAAGCACACGGACAAGGCGGAUGCCCUGCACCAGCAGCACGAGUCUCUGGAGAAGCACAACCACGCCCUGCGGAAGGAGAUCCAAGCCCUGCAGGACGAGCUGGCCUGGUGGAGCCGGACCCUGCACAUGCACGAGCGUCUGUGCCCCCUGGAUUGUGCCCCCUGCCCUGCUCUGGAGCCCUCUGGCUGCUGGGGCCAGGCUGAGCAGCCCUCCGGCCCCAGGACCCAGGGGCAACCAGGCCUGCUGCCCUCCCCCGGCUCCUCUUCGUUGGCCCAGCAACUCUCUCCAGACCCGCAGCCGCACAGUCCCCCUGGCCUUCUCCUGUCCCCUCCGCCCUCCGUGCCCCUUGGCCCCGCUGCAGUCACCACACCUGCCCCUCAGGUCUCCCCCAGCCCUGCCGCUCAGCUGUCCCCCAGCCCUGCCCAGUCAGCCUCAUCCCCUGGCUCUAGCCUGCUAAGUCCUUCCUCUCAGUUCAACUCCCUCCUGUCCAGUUCACCAGCCCAACCUGCCCCCCCACAGCCCUUUGGGCGGGAGCACCCCACGAGCGGGAAGCUGGGGACCCUACUCCACUGCCCCUCAGCUCCUCGGGGUCAGGGCAGGGACGGUAAAUCUGCUUUCUUGGUGUCUGAUUUGCAGGGGCUGGAGCCCAGCCCCCACCCCCUCCUGGCCUUCCCCAUGCUGGCCUCUGCUCAAGUCUACUUCUAACCGGCCCUGGAGCUGGGCUGGCCCUUCCUCGGGCUCCGGAAGCAGCUGCAGCACAUGGACAUCUCCUCCAUGGCCACUGCAGACUGCCCUCUUGGCUGACUGACUGGCCCAGGGUUUCCCCAGGGGAAGGAAGUCAUCAUGGCGUGCUCACCACUCUGCCAGGCCCUGUCCUGGCCACGAUCUUAUUUCAACCUCAUGGACAUCCUUCAGAUAAGGACAUAGAAGCUCAGGAAAGCCAAGUGACCUGUGACCUGUCCAAUGUCAUGCAGCCUUUCUGGGACCUAAAACAGCAGCCUCGGCUUAUCCUGGCCCAGCACAGGCCCACCUGGGGCCAGAGUCCUGGAAGCCGAGGGCUUGGCGAGCGGCCUUAGGUGCUGAUCUGGGGAGCGGUUCUCCCUCGACUUUGUGACUCCCAGCCCCGGAAACCUACCCUCGCUGGGGCUGGUCCGGAGCCCAGGCCUGGGUGGGGAGAUGCCCAGCAGGAGCUGGAAGGGGUCUCCAGUGCCAAGGUAAGCGUUGGCAAGAAGCCUGGAGCCAUACCCAGGCCUUGGGAAGAUACUGCAGAGUGAGCGCUCCAGGCUAUUCCCAGAGAGCUCACAGGCCCUGGCAGGUGGGCUCCAGCCUGUCAUUCAUGUCACACAUAGGAACAGCCCAACGACAGACGAGGGGAGCACCAGGAGCACAGGUGCAGGCUGUCCAAGCAAGUGCUAGACUUGAACCUGGCAGCGGGGAGACUGUGUCUCUCUAGUACCACCUCUGUCCUGGGCAGCCCCAGACCUGCAUUACCCUCAAGCUCCCAGAGCACCACCCCUCCUUGCUCUUUGACCUGAUGGCAGCUGGGAGAGCAGGAGCAGGGAACAGGCGGGAGCUCAGCUGCAGUGUCUGCUCCAAAGGCUUCUCACUCCCACCCAGCCAGAUGCUGUGAGGGGCUUGAGAGAGAGACUGAAGCUCUUCACCCAGACUUCACACGCAAGCAAGCAGACACCAGGCUGAGUUUCACUCACCCCAGGCGGCUGAGCAUAAAUCUCAGCACAUAUGUUAUGGUAAAAAAAUUAAAGUGUU